AUGGACAACACGGAAAGGUAUCUCACCUCGAUCGAUUUCGCGGCAUCAAACAAGACGGACGAAAUUGACCACCCAGACCACAUCCUUUGGCAAUGCAGACCGACAACCAAGCUCACUCUCAUGGAAAAGAUGCAAGGUAAGGAGCACUGCCGGCGUAUCAACUACAUGGAGAACGAUGUCUGCGCUGGGUGCUCUGCCAAGCGUACUGUCGGGGCUCUUGCGAUGGCUCGUGAAGCUAGAGUCAUUGGCGAGCUCAUCACUCAUGAUGUGUACGGCAAUGAGAUUUGGCGGUACAAGGUGGAAGAGUAG